AGUUUUUAAACCUAAGCGAAAGUUUACUUUCCAACCUUCCAUCGGACUGGGAAGUGUUAGAGCCACCAGCUGAAAGAUGCUUGCACUCAAUUGCAAUGCUGGAUAAGAAAGGAUUGAAGAAGGUAGCCAAAACCGUAAUACAUCAUGGUGUUUGUGGUGCUAUAAAUAAGGUUCGAAAGAUUUUGACUACUUCGAACAAAGUUGAAGAUGAAAACCCCUUCCUUGACUCUCCACCUACUGAAAUCACAACUACCGAUAAUUUUUUUCAAGAUGGAGAUUAUAAACACCCAGAUGUCUGUUACAUCAUUGAACUUCUUCACUAUAC